AUGGGGACGGGGAAUGGAAUUGAGGGCGAGGGCGAGGGCGAGGACGGGAGGGGGAUUAGGCUCCGUUAUGUGUAUAAGAGACAGGAUAAGAGAUUAGCCACCGGACAAAGCGUCAACAAAUGGUCCUCCUCCUCCUCUAAUUCUUUCAACCAAAUCACCGCCGAUAAAUUGGAACAAGAAAUGCUUAAACACAUUGUCGAUGGCCGUGAAAGCAAAGUCACUUUUCAUGAUUUCCCUUAUUAUCUCAGUGAACAGACACGAGUUCUAUUGACAAGUGCUGCAUAUGUGCAUUUAAAACAUGCUGAAGUUUCUAAGUUCACUCGAAACCUUUCUCCUGCAAGUCGAGCCAUCUUACUCUCUGGACCUGCUGAACUCUACCAACAAAUGCUUGCCAAGGCAUUGGCUCACUACUUUGAGGCCAAACUGUUGCUUUUAGAUAUAACUGACUUUUCCCUAAAGAUUCAGAGCAAAUAUGGUACUUCAGUCAAGGAAUCUAGUUUUAAAAGGUCUACUUCAGAGUCAACACUGGAGAGAUUGUCUGGCUUAUUCGGAUCAUUUUCAAUCCUUCCACCCAGGGAAGAACAAAAAACAGGUUCAUUGCGAAGGCAACAUAGUGGUUUGGAACUUGCAUCGUGGGGAAAGGAAGGAUCUUCCAGGCUUCCAAAACUUAGAAGAAAUGCCUCUGCUGCGGCUAACAUUAAUAACCUUGCUUCGCAAUGCAAUGCUGACAAAUCAGCUUCCCUUAAGCACAUGAGUAGCUGGGCUUUUGAGGAGAAACUUCUUAUACAGUCUCUGUAUAAGGUUCUUCUAUAUGUGUCGAAAGCAAGUCCCAUUGUUUUAUAUCUUCGUGACGUAGAUAGGUUUUUGUCCAAGUCAAAUAGGGUGUAUACCUUGUUCCAGAAAAUGUUACAAAAACUGUCUGGAUCAAUUUUGAUUCUUGGUUCGCGUACUAUCGAUCCAAGCAAUGAUUAUAUGGAGGUGGAUGAGAGGCUCUCUGCCAUUUUUCCUUAUAAUAUCGAGAUCAGGCCACCCGAAGAUGAAUCUCAUCAUGUCAGUUGGAAGUCUCAAUUGGAAGAGGAUAUGAAGAAGAUCAAGGUUCAAGAUAACCGAAACCAUAUCAUGGAAGUUCUUUCAGCGAAUGAUCUUGAUUGUGAUGAUCUAGACUCGAUCUGUGUUGCUGAUACCUUGGUUCUCAGUAACUACAUAGAAGAGAUUGUGGUGUCUGCAAUUUCUUAUCAUCUAAUGAACAACAAGGAUCCCGAAUACAGAAACGGGAAACUGAUCAUUUCGAGCAAGAGUUUGUCCCAUGGACUGAGCAUAUUCCAGGCAGGAAAAUCCACGAGCAAAAAUACUGUACAGCUUGAAGCACAAGCCGAAGCUUCAAAGGACUCGGGAGCAGUGAAAUCCGAAGCAAAAUCUGAUACCGCAGCUGCUGAAAACAGAAGUGAAACAGUACCUGCUGCAGUGGCGAAAACUGAUGGAGAAACUGCUGCUCCAGCUGCAAAAGCCCCAGAAGUUCCACCAGAUAAUGAGUUUGAGAAACGCAUUAGGCCGGAGGUCAUACCGGCGAAUGAGAUUGGUGUUACAUUUUCUGAUAUUGGUGCCAUGGAGGAGGUUAAAGAUUCUCUUCAGGAACUCGUAAUGCUUCCUCUUCGAAGGCCGGAUUUAUUUCUUGGAGGGCUUUUGAAGCCUUGCAGAGGUAUAUUGUUGUUUGGACCUCCUGGAACUGGAAAGACUAUGUUAGCUAAGGCCAUAGCAAAAGAAGCUGGAGCAAGCUUCAUUAAUGUAUCGAUGUCUACCAUAACUUCCAAAUGGUUUGGUGAAGACGAGAAGAAUGUUCGAGCUUUAUUCACAUUGGCGGCCAAAGUCUCUCCCACCAUUAUUUUUGUUGACGAGGUAGAUAGUAUGCUUGGGCAGCGAACAAGAGUUGGUGAGCACGAGGCAAUGAGGAAGAUAAAGAAUGAGUUCAUGACUCAUUGGGAUGGACUCUUGACAAAGCCAGGGGAGCGUGUACUAGUUCUUGCAGCAACGAACAGGCCAUUUGACCUCGAUGAAGCCAUCAUACGGCGUUUUGAGAGAAGAAUAUUGGUGGGGUUACCAACAGCAGACAAUAGAGAAAUGAUAUUGACAACUCUCUUGGGGAAAGAAAAGGUGGAAGAAGGGCUAGACAUGAAGGAGCUGGCCACAAUGACAGAAGGAUAUAGUGGAAGUGAUCUCAAGAACUUCUGCAUGACGGCUGCGUAUCGACCUGUUCGGGAACUAAUACAACAAGAAAGACAAAAGGAUAUGGAGAAAAAACGAAGAGCUACCGAAGGACAGAAUAAAGCAGGGGAUGGAACUGGAGAAAGCAAAGAAGAAAGAGUAAUCACCCUCAGGGCACUAAAUAUGAAGGAUUUCAAACUAGCAAAGAAUCAGGUUGCAGCAAGUUUUGCAGCAGAAGGAGCAAUGAUGAGUGAAUUGAAGCAAUGGAAUGAAUUAUAUGGGGAAGGAGGAUCUAGAAAGAAGCAACAGUUGACAUAUUUCCUGUGAGCUUAGGCCAUGGAUCAUAAGUUACAAUAUGGCUAUAAUUUUCAAUUGAUCAAGAAGCACAUCAAGAUUUUCUUGUAAGUUUUUUAGGGCUCUCUUCUUUUUGCCAUGUGAGGAAGCUGUGUUUGUGUAAAUAUGAGGUAAGUGUUUGUAUGAAUGUUUGAAAGUUUGAUUUGUUCCAUUUCUGUAUGGCUGUUGUGAGGGAUUACAUUACAUUACUUAGGCAGCUAGUUUCUUUGAAUGGGCUGGUGCUGGUCUGACAGCAAAAGAAGCCUAUUUUUUCUUUUUCAUUUUGAGUUCAUCUUUCUAUAUUUUGUAUCAAUUUGUUUCUCUA